AUGGGUUUGGCUGCCCAGCAAGUCAACACGGAGGAUUUCGACUUUUGCAUUGCCGUGGGUGAUUUGACCCAUGACAGACACGACUACCAGGUCCAGGCUUUCCAGAACACACUCCUCCAAUUCAAGAAGCCCGUCCAUCUUCUCCCCGGGAAUCACGAUAUCAGCAAUGUUGCGACCCUCGAGCAAUUCACCCGGGACUACAAUGUCAGCGACCACAGCUCCUUCAGCCACCAGGGAUAUCGCUUCGUGCUCCUAGACUCAGUCACCUUGAUUAGCAAUCUCACCGAGUUUGAGAGCUACACCGCUGCAGAGUGGGCUUGGUUUGAGAAUCAGCUCGAAGCCGCCCAUCAUGCAAAGGAAGAGAUCAUUGUCGCGCAUCAUCAUCUCCCGUUUGAAUUCACUGAGGACGAGGCUGACGCAUACUGGACCUUUCCCAACCGCGUGCGUGGCAGGUACCUCAGUCUGAUCAAGCAGUAUAAUGUGCAUCAUAUCCUUGUUGGUCAUCGUCAUGAGACCAAAAACAUUUAUGCUUCCGACAAGUCGUUCACCAUCUACGUUGUUGCGGGUACGGCCAGGUUCUUCGAUGACAACGGGUUUGGAAUCAACUAUUUCCACGUCACUGGAGAGAAUUCGAGCAAGGAUGUGACGCAGGAGUAUGUCCAACUCCAGGGCGUUGCUCAUAUGAAAAGGUCGGAGGGUUUGCCCAAUGGAUGCCCCGAUAUCUUCGCACAUUGA